GGCGGCCGGCAGAUAGUUAGGAGGACGGCAAAUUUGUUGUUUUUUUUUCCACUCUACCAUAAAUACCUUUUGUUUUGCGGCACUCACGCAUUCAGUUCGUUUCUCUUCUACAGCUAAAAAGCGACAUUAUUAAAAACGAUAAACGCGCUACUCUCCCCGCCUGUGUUCCGUUUGAUUUAAUUGCACACUUCAGCUUGAAGCGGAGAGGUGAAACAAAGGAGACGGCGACGGCGCAGCGCACACAUCAUAAAAACAACACACACACAAUUCAUUUGUAUUUAUUUGUAAUUUGUCGCUGUCGUCUGUGUUCGAAUCAACGAAGCUGCCAUUCAAACAAAAGUGUGAUCACACUUCACGUGAUAAUUACGCUAAUUACGCCCCCCAUAAUCUUCCACUUGCUCCUGUCGCAAUUCCGCUAAAUACAAAAACACAUCCUGUGUGGUAAAAAACGCGUGUGUUUUACAUAACAACAUGAUGAACAAUUUGGCGGACACGGUUGUUGUCGAUCCGGGCUUUGGCGGCGGUGACAAACAACAACAGGCGGUGGCUGUACAGCCGCAGGAUCCCAGCGCUGUUGUCCCCCCACCAGCCACCAAGCAGUCAUCGGCCUUGAAGAAGACCAGCCGGUAUCGCAGUCGCUCCCUGAGCGCCUCCUCAACUGACUCCUUCAGCUCCGCCUCGUACACGGGCAGCAGUGAGGAUGGCGACGAUGUGCCGCCACGCGAAAAGGUCCAAAAGAAUUCCAAGGGCAGCUCCGAUUUCUGUGUGCGCAACAUUGGUGCACAGCAUGCGUUCGGUCGUCGCGAGAUCGAGAUUGCCGAGCAGGAGAUGCCCGGCAUUAUGGCGCUGCGCAAGCGGGCAGCCGAAGACAAGCCCCUCAAGGAUGCCAAAAUCGUUGGCUGCACCCACAUCAAUGCCCAAACAGCGGUGCUAAUUGAAACGCUCGCCGAACUAGGUGCCACCGUUCGCUGGGCAGCUUGCAACAUUUACUCCACCCAAAAUGAAGUGGCCGCUGCUUUGGCGGAAUCGGGCAUACCGAUCUUUGCCUGGCGCGGCGAAACGGAGGAGGAUUUCUGGUGGUGCAUCGAUCGUUGUGUGAAUGCGGAAAACUGGCAGCCUAACAUGAUACUGGACGAUGGCGGCGAUGCCACCCAUCUGAUGCUCAAGAAAUACCCAACCAUGUUCAAGCUGGUCAAGGGCAUUGUCGAGGAGAGUGUGACGGGUGUGCAUCGCCUCUAUCAGCUGUCCAAGGCGGGCAAGCUGACCGUGCCGGCGAUGAAUGUAAACGAUUCGGUAACGAAGACCAAAUUCGAUAACCUCUACAGCUGCAAGGAGUCCAUUCUGGACAGCCUGAAGAGAUCCACGGACGUCAUGUUCGGUGGCAAGCAGGUCGUCGUCUGUGGCUAUGGCGAUGUCGGCAAAGGCUGUGCCCAGGCACUCAAGGGACAGGGCUGCAUUGUGUAUAUCACGGAAAUCGAUCCGAUUUGUGCGCUGCAAGCGAGCAUGGAUGGUUUCCGUGUGGUCAAGCUGAACGAGGUGAUCAGGAAUGUGGACAUUGUGGUCACUGCGACGGGCAACAAGAAUGUUGUGGUGCGAGAGCAUAUGGACAAAAUGAAGAGUGGCUGCAUUGUGUGCAACAUGGGUCACUCGAAUACGGAGAUCGAUGUGAAUGGUCUGCGCACACCGGAUCUGACUUGGGAGAAGGUGCGCUCCCAGGUGGAUCACAUCAUUUGGCCCGAGGGCAAGUAUAUCAUACUGCUCGCCGAGGGUCGCCUUGUCAAUUUGAGCUGCUCGAGCAUACCAUCGUUUGCGGUCUCGAUCACAUCGGCCACACAGGCACUGGCGCUAAUUGAGCUGUUCAAUGCACCGCCCGGCCGGUACAAGUCCGAUGUGUAUCUGCUGCCGAAGAAGAUGGAUGAGUAUGUGGCCAGUUUGCAUCUGCCCACGUUCGAUGCGCAUCUCACUGAGUUGAGCGACGAACAGGCUAAGUAUAUGGGCCUCAAUAAGGCCGGUCCUUUCAAGCCCAACUAUUAUCGCUAUUAAGCGGCAACAACAAAAGGGACAAUAACAACAAAAACUACAGCAACAAAGUAACAAAAACAAACAUCAACAACAACAACAAUUAUAAACACAACGCCAACGAAAGUAUUUUCUUUGCAAGAUUAAAAACUAUUUACGCGAGAAUUGAACUUCUCACUUAUUGUUGACAUUGAAAACAUAACAAAAAACAAAAAAAAAAAGCAAAA